AUGACGAUACUCACUCGCGCCACCGCGACUCUUUCGUCGCAGUUGUUUUCCACUGCUGUUCAACGUAAUGCAUCAACAGCUCGCUUUUUUCAUUCUUCCCCGCUGAGGACAGCUGUUGCCCAUCCUAUUACAGCUCAUGGGCCUCCCCCAAAAGCUCCUGCACCGGCGGCAGAAUUUGGGGAGCAGCAACAGCAACAGCAACAAGCAGCAGAGGAAGAAGCGAAAGUUGCCGAAAUUGAAAAAGAGACACCAGCGCGACCACCGAAACCUUCUGCUCUCAGGAAACGGUUUUGGAAAAAUGUCGAUGUUAAAAAGAAGCCGGAGGAAUAUCAAGUUUUGCUUGAUACCAGACCUAUCCGGACGCCGACCAAGGAUAUUCUCUCAAUCCCGCCAACUAAGCCUCAUCUGGCACACGCAAUUGCUCUGGAGUGGGAUGUAAUGACUUCAGCCCAACAAGCCCUGAAGCACCAUAUGAUCCCGUUGACUUCGUUGACUGCACGGGGAGCGGACAUUGCUCGGGAAGAUGCGCAAGGCCAGACAACCACCAGGGAACAAAUUGUGAGAACUACCAUGCGAUAUCUAGACACCGAUACAUUGCUUUGCUGGGUGCCGGAAAAAAACCCGUACUCGCCACCAGAGGUGGAUGAGCAGGGCGAGAAGAAGGAGAGUCUCCGUGAUGUCCAGGAACGAGUGGCCAAGGACGUUAUUGCGUAUCUGAGCACCAAGGUCUGGCCAGGGAUUGAAAUCAAACCCAUCCUGGAUGAGAGCAGCAUCAUCCCGGCUUCUCAACCGCAAGCCACGAAAGACAUUAUAAAAACAUGGAUCUACAACCUUCAGGCUUAUGAUCUGGCCGGCUUCGAGCGAGGAGUACUCGGUUCAAAGAGUUUACUCAUCGCCGCAAGAUUGGUGGCUGAAUGGAGCGAGAACUUCCGCCACGCACAGAACGUGGAGCAAAAAAGGUUUGGUAUCGAGGAGGCCGCUGAAGCAUCGACCUUGGAAGUUAGGUGGCAGACUGACAUGUGGGGUGAGGUAGAAGAUACCCACGAUGUUGACAAGGAGGACGUUAAGAGGCAGUUGGGCAGUGUGAUUGUCUUGGUCAGUGGAGAGACUCGAUAA